CAAAUUCUGCCCUAGCCGCGAUCGUGCUGCAGACGCACUGCCUCUAAUCAGCUCGUUUAAAGCAACCAAAGAAAUAUUCAAGUGCUUUAGUGACUGCAUUUGUUUAGCUUAAUUAACUUGCAUUAUGGAUCGUCAAAGUCUUGCCACAUUCGUGAGCCCAUUCAAAUGCCGUCCCUGGAUGGCGAAUAGCGGAGCUGCUGCGCCCAGUGGUGGCGGCAAGGGCUUGAAGGGCAUCGUGGCUGGCGGCAUCACCGGCGGCAUUGAAAUCUGCAUAACAUAUCCCACCGAAUACGUAAAGACACAGCUGCAGCUGGACGAGAAGGGCGCCAAUAAGCGCUACAAUGGCAUUGCCGAUUGUGUUAAGAAGACAGUGCAGCAGCGCGGAUUCUUCGGUCUUUAUCGUGGCUUGAGUGUUCUGCUCUACGGCAGCAUACCAAAGUCAGCAGCCAGAUUUGGCGCUUUUGAGUAUCUGCGUGGACACGCUGUGGAUUCCAAAGGUCAGCUCAGCACUUCUGGCAAGCUGCUCUGUGGUCUGGGCGCGGGUGUCUGCGAAGCUAUUCUGGCUGUCACGCCCAUGGAGACGAUUAAAGUCAAAUUCAUCAACGAUCAGCGUAGUGCGAAUCCCAAAUUCAAGGGCUUUGCUCAUGGUGUUGGCUGCAUUGUCAAAUCCGAAGGCAUCAGUGGCGUCUAUAAGGGAUUAACAGCAACAAUACUGAAGCAGGGCUCCAAUCAGGCCAUACGCUUCUUUGUGCUUGAAUCACUAAAGGAUUUGUACAAGGGCGAUGAUCAUAACAAACCUGUGCCCAAGCUGCUGGUCGGCGCAUUUGGCGCUGUUGCUGGUGCCGCUUCAGUGUUUGGCAACACGCCAUUGGAUGUGGUCAAGACGCGCAUGCAGGGCCUAGAGGCAGCCAAGUACAAGAACACUGCGGAUUGUGCUUUGCAAAUAAUGCGCAACGAGGGCUUGGGUGCCUUCUAUAAGGGCACAGUCCCACGAUUGGGACGCGUGUGUCUGGAUGUGGCCAUUACAUUCAUGAUCUACGACUCGUUUAUGGAUUUGUUCAACAAGGUGUGGAAGUAGGAAUAGUAGAUAGUGCAACGAUAGUGUUACUUAGUUACCGUUACAGUGUGCAUGUUACUUUGAUAUAAUUUUUACCUAGUCAACUGUUGCAAUAGUUGAUAACUGUAUACAAAUGACCAUUAAUUCCAUGCAGGCAUUUUAUUGUUACGCCUAUUGCGUAUCACGAAUUUUUUGUAGUGUAUUUGAAAUCAACGAAAAGCCAAUUUAAAUUGUAUAUAAUAAAUGCAUUUGCUUGUGUUAGAACCGAUAAAUGAGAAAUGAAAUUAUACAAAUAUG